AUGAUAGUAGCUGCCUGGAUCGCUUACUGUGCCUGCAGGAGGCUUGUGCGGGUUGUGCUUUUGCUUUCCUUUCCUUCCCUGCGGGAGACCCUAGCCGGUUCCGGAAACAUGGGUAACAGCUGUGUGUGCCGGGAUGACAGCGACACAGAGGACCACCACCACAGAACGUCGAGAGCAUCCAGAGGACAGGCCAGACAGCCGGACCACGGUACGGGCACGACUGUAGACGCGCGAGAGUCUCGUAGCGGUCGCCCGAGGGACCCGGUUCGACCACCGCGGAGAGGACGCGGCCCUCAUGAGCCACGACGAAAGAAGCAGAAUGUGGAUGGCCUUGUGCUGGACACAUUGGCUGUCAUCAGGACGCUUGUUGACAAUGAUCAAGAACCACCUUACUCAAUGAUCACUUUACACGAGAUGGCUGAGACAGAUGAUGGCUGGCUGGAAGUUGUCCAGUCUUUGAUUCGAGUGAUACCAUUAGAUGACCCGCUUGGCCCUGCAGUAAUCACCCUACUGUUGGAUGAAUGUCCCCUGCCCACUAAGGAUGCUCUACAGAAACUGUCGGACAUGCUGAGUCUGAAUGCGACUGUGGCCCAAAAGGAUGCUCUGAGUCCAUCCAAACACAGGAACACCACUGCUGUCCUCGGAUGUCUGGCUGAGAAACUGGCUGGACCAGCCAGUAUUGGACUGUUGAGCCCCGGAACUCUCGAAUACCUUCUUGAAAGCAUGAGCUCUGAAGCGCACCCCACUGUCAUGCUGUUUGCACUGAUUGCCUUGGAAAAGUUUUCUCAGACCAGUGAAAACAAGCUUACAGUAUCAGCAUCUAGUAUAAGUCAGAGACUGGCUGUGCUGGAGUCGUGGGCAGAGCAAGCUGACUACCUAAAGAGACAGGUCGGAUUUUGCUCACAGUGGAGCUUGGACAACCUGUUCCUGAAAGAAGGGCGCCAGUUUACCUACGAGAAAGUCAACCUCACCCAUAUCAACGCCAUGCUCAACAGCAACGACGUCAGCGAGUACCUCAAGAUCUCCCCCAGCGGAUUAGAGGCCCGGUGUGAUGCCUCCUCGUUUGAGAGUGUGCGUUGUACGUUCUGCGUGGAUUCAGGCGUGUGGUACUAUGAAGUCAUAGUCAUCACGUCAGGCGUGAUGCAGAUCGGAUGGGCCACCAAGGACAGCAAGUUCCUCAACCAUGAGGGUUACGGGAUUGGUGAUGACGAAUACUCGUGUGCAUAUGAUGGCUGCAGGCAGCUCAUCUGGUACAAUGCUCGCAGUAAACCUCAUGCUCACCCCUGCUGGAAGGAAGGAGAUGCAGUCGGAUUCCUGCUGGACCUCAGCAAAAAGCAGAUGAUCUUCUAUCUAAAUGGACAUCAGCUGCCGCCAGAGAAACAGGUCUUCUCCUCAGCCACGUCCGGCUUCUUUGCGGCAGCCAGUUUCAUGUCAUACCAGCAGUGUGAGUUUAACUUCGGUGCAAAGCCUUUCCGCCACCCGCCUUCAGUCAAGUUCAGCACCUUUAAUGACUUUGCAUCACUAUUACCCAGUGAAAAGAUCAUCCUACCGAGACAUCGGCGUCUGGCUUUACUGAAACAAGUAAGCAUCCGUGACAACUGCUGCACGUUGUGCUGUGAUAUUAUGGCAGACACAGAACUGCGACCUUGUGGACAUGGGGGUAUGUGUAUGGAUUGUGCCUUACAGUUAGAAACGUGUCCCCUGUGUCGCCAAGACAUCCAAACUCGCGUCAGACUCAUUGCACACGUCUCCUGA